UUUCUAUUUCGUGGUAAUAAACUGUCCUUUUUCUCAGUUGACUCAUUCUCGGUUCUUGAGGUGUUUAUAAAGGCGUCCGUUCUCUUCAACUGAACGUAUGGCAUUAUAUUGUCGCAGUUCACAUCAGUUGUUGACACCAUUUCAGUUUCCCCUACAGCCACCAACCUCCAUGAACACCGGGCUGAAGUUGAAGUUCGGAUAACUUUUGAUGAUAUUCUCAACCACAUUUCCAACUUAGGUCGACUUCGACCUGUCAACCACAUUGUUUCCACAACAUACCACUGGAUCUCAAAACCUGCCGGCUUUUAAGAUGGCGCCACGAAAUUCCACUCGCGCAGCUCUCUUCCCUUUCACUAUCUUCAUGGUGGUCUUCGGCCUCGUCUUCCUCGCAUCAUCCGCCUCCGCCUUGGCAGCCCCUGUUGCGCCCUCACCACCAGCUGAGGUCGAACUCAUCUGCCACACAGAUAACGCGGCAGAAUGUUACCCUAAAAUCUUUCAACCGACAGAAGAGUUCCAGACUGUUCACGAUGACCAAGAACUGCCGCACGGGCUUCAUAUUCGCAUGAACAUCAACACGGGCAAAAAGGAAGCCAAGAUCAACGACCCUGAUGAGAAGACCCCGGGGCUCGAGGGCCUUCCUACAGACCGCUCGAUCGUAGUCGUGGACUCGGACAAGGCCCCCGAUGCAGAAAUCCCCAAAGACGCGCCCAAGUAUGAGUCUGCAGGCAUGGUCAAGCAGCCACAGCAGGAGUCGGGCGAGUUUUACACCCAUCUUGAGUUCGUCAAGAAGGGCGCUCACGGAAGUGAUCUCCCCAUCGACGAGGCCCUCGAAUUUCUUGAGGACAUCUCUCACGACAUCUACUACGGCCUCAAAAUCGUAGAGACCUUUGACACCGUCAAGUCCCUCCUCUGUCUCAUGGUCGACCCCAAGACACCGGCCCCGGCCGAGGGUGCCGUGCCCCGUGACCAGCAAGCCGCCGCCAUCAUCUCCGGCGCGCUACAGAACAACCCCACGGCGCUCGAAGAAGUGACCAAGGUCUGGCCCCAGCUGAUGAGCGCGUCGUGCCGCUCACCCCAUAAGGCACCGGAGCUCAAGCUCCGCGACGGGUUCUACUCACCGUUCGUGCCAGCACCGGACGACAAUGAUCACGACAUCCUCCGCGCGGCGAACAAGGCCAAAGCGCAGGUCCACGCCAUAAAGGGCCUGAUCAAGAGCCCGACGAUCCGAGAGGACUUCAUCGCCAACAAGGGCAUGGACCGCAUCCUCGAGGUUCUCGGGCCCCAGGACGCCCAAUGGGAGGCGGCGCAGCGCAAGGCCGGGCAGUUCGUUCUGGACAGCUUCCUCGACGAGGACAUGGGCGCCGAGGUGGGUGUGUGGCCCCUCUUCAAGGCGUCCGAGGCGGACAAGUCCAAGAGGAUCGCCGACCGCGUCAGCGAUGAGAACUGGAAGAUCGUCGUGAAGGGCAUCAUGGAAAAGAACAAGGGAGACGAGAACCACUGGAGCCGAGAUCUGUACAACCGGCUGGAUGCGCACGAGAGGGCCCAACUGAAGAUGAUUGCAAAGGAGGAGUUGUAAAAGUGCGGAUACCAGAUGCAAUAGAGCACAUGAUAUAUGCC